AUGAGGGCGGGGAUGUCGCGUUUGUACUCCACCAACGCCGGCCUGCAGCCUGCGGACGACGGCCCGUUACGGGAGGUGGAACGUCUCUACAAGGACAGCGACGGCCUUUUAACGGCGCUGCGGGAGUGUCUGUCGCGGUGGGAACGCAAUACGCCACCGCCGGCCGAGUUGUUGCCGCUGCUGCAGCAUGUGCAAAAGUACACCGCGCUGGGCGGUCUGUCAGGAGAUGCAGCAUUCACCCGCGACACCUUAUCCACCGCUCUGACGGUCGUCGUACGACGGGCAGUGAAUCUCCAGGCAUGUGACGCGCUCCUUUGCGACGGCGACGCAGUGAGCGACAUGGAUGAAAAGCGGCAAGCUAUGCUUCUUACGCAACAAAUCAUCGCUGCAGCGUCUGCGUCAAUUUCCAACUGCUGCGGAGGUACAACUCGACAUGAUGCAGACGUGUUGUUUUGGGUGAGGCUCCAGGAUGAGAUGAUGCGUAUUGUGCUUGGGUUUGCUGACUACGCCGCGGGUGAGACGGGGGCGAGGCUCUGGCCAGGUUCAGUGGCCCUUGCGCUGUACAUUAUAGAGCAGCUUGGCACCAUGCUGCGUUUGGUCUCUGCUACUGACAAGGGCCGUCCGUUGCGAAUUAUUGAACUUGGAUGUGGUCCCGCGCUCGUCUCGCUUGUGCUGGCCAGUCGUCUCUUGCAGGAGCCGGUAUGGCUGCACCGCACGUGGCUUGAUGUUACUGACAUAUCACCUGCCGUGGUGAAGGAGGUUCAACGCUCCUUCACAUGGCGCAAUGGCCCGAGUUUGGCCUCCCUAUUUGACAUAGAAGAGGGUACGGAACGAAGAGCAGCCGUGCGGGCGUUUUGUUUGGACUUCGCGUCCAUUCCAGAUGCCAUGUGUGGGCAGUACGACCUGGUGCUGGGCAGCGAUAUUGUGUACGACCACACCAUUGCUAGCCACGUGGCCCCGGCACUCGCGCGGCUUCUGCGUACCGGCGGAAUGGCCUUCCUAUGCUGCGAGCGGCACCGCGACGGCAUGGUGUCCUUUGUUGACAUCAUUCAGGCAAAGAUGGCGGGGUCGCUGGAGGUGGUGGCAACUCACGCAGACGCGCAGGCGUUACUGCAGCAGCUGCAGAUGAUCCCUGGGCUCACGUCCACGGCGUGCUCUCUGGUGGUGCUUCGCCGCCGCUGA